UUUUAUGCAUUUUAAUAUAAGAGGUCCGGAAACAACUAAUCACCAAUGUAUUUACGAUCAAUUUAUCGUUUCCGGGGGCAAUCCGAUACCUACUAUAUGUGGAAAUAACGCUGAGAAUCAUUUAUAUAUUGAUGCUGGUCUUGGACAAACGAAUCCCGUUACAUUAACUUUUAUUACAAGUGGACAAUCUUUCGCUCGAUCUUGGAAAAUACAAAUAUCUCAAAUCCGUUGCAAUACUAUAUAUAGAGCCGAGGAAGGAUGUUUGCAAUAUUUCACAGGAAUAUCCGGACAAAUAAAAUCAUUUAAUUAUGAUCCUAUCACUGGAUUGCAAUUAUCAAAUCAAGAUUAUAGUAUUUGCAUUCGUAUGGAAAGAAACUUUUGCGGUAUUCAGUAUAUGAUAUGUCCAGUUGAUGAUAAAGAAGCGAUGUCCAACAAUGGAACUCCUAUGAUACAAACAAUGCAUUCUAAUGCAUUUACAUUAACGGGAAAUACGCAAGCAACACAGAUAGCAUCAAUGACAGGAACAAUCUGUCAAACCGAUUGGUUAACAAUCCCAUGUGCAUUCAAUACUGGUAGAUUACCAACCAAUAUGAUGACUUGUAUCGAUCGAAUAUGCGGUGGAACAUUCAAUGCGGAAAAUCAAAAUUUGAACGCUUCUUCUAUCAUUAGUACGGUGAAACCCUUUAGAUUAAUUUUUCAUACGGAUAGCGUUGAAGCGCCGAAUGACGUGGGAAACAAAGGAUUUUGUUUGAAUUAUAUACAACAACCUUGUACGACAAAAUUAAGAUGAUUGAUUUCUUAUCACAACAUUAUUGCAACAUAAAAAUGCAUGUAUAAAUCAACCAGAAAAAUGGCAAGUCCAUCAAGGGCAGAAACAGAAAACAGGUGUUGUUGUUUGUAUACGAGAAAAAAUACAUCCAAGAAAAACAGUUGGAUGUUUUAAACAACGUGGUGCAUUUACAUUUUUUUAUCCCAGAGAUCAUCGUGUGCCAUUAGUUAAAAUAAA